AUGUCGCAUGCAGAGAAUAUCUUCGAGACAAGUGGGAGGAUGAGUGUCAUUGAUAUUGACGGCAAUGAUUAUAUAAAAGCCGUCAAGCAUGAAGCUCACAUCUCCGGAACAGGAAUCCUGGGAGUCCUGUCCCAGGGCUACGUGCUUCCGCCUGACAAAGUGUACGACGAUAUUACCGACUUCGUUCUCACUGGAUCGCUGGCAUCGCAAUAUCAAGACGGCAAUCGUCUCCCCGCCUACCAUCUACGGCAAGGGGAUUGGUCCCGUUCGACAGCACAGCGUCCAACUUCCAUGUCUGGGUGA